CACGAACAUGAACAAGUUUUUCAGAAACACACUGAUAACACAUAUAAAAGUGACAUCACCACUGGCAGGUGCAACGUGAUGGAACACAUUUACCUUUUUAUCCUUUCUCUGUCAGGAGUCCUGUCGCUAACUCUGUGCAACACACAUGACUACAUUCUGAUUAAACAGUUAAAAACAUGGGGAGAUGCUCAGACUUACUGCCGAGAGAACCAUGUUGAUCUGGCCACUGUUCAAAGUAAUGAAAACUUCAAACGUCUGCAAGAAGUAGCAGAUACAAAUAAAUUUACUGGACUUGCCUGGAUUGGCCUGUACAAUGACAUCAAUAGCUGGCGGUGGUCUUAUCAAGAUGAGAGUCAAUUGUUUAAGAGCUGGUUGUUGGGGCAGCCAGAUAACUAUGGUUCGGGAGAGGAGUGUGUUGUACUAAGAUAUGAUGGUGUUUGGUAUGACAUGUUCUGUUGGCAGCUAAGAUAUUUUCUGUGUUAUGACGAGCGGAGCAACAGCACAGACAGUUAUGUUUUAGUUACUAAAUCAAAGACUUGGCUUGAUGCGCAGACACACUGCAGACAGCAUUAUACAGACCUGGUCACCAUUAGAAAUCAAACGGACAAUGACCUGUUAGCAAAGAAGAUAAAUGGGAUUACAGAUUUUGUCUGGAUUGGACUAUUUAGGGACAAAUGGAAGUGGUCAGACCAGGCCAACUUUACUUACUCAACUCAAGUGACUGUUCAACGUCUGGUUGGAGCAAAUGAAAACUGUGCUAAUGUAAAUUAUUGGGGUUACAUCGAAGACUAUCCCUGCUCUACAACUUUUUACUUCUAUUGUGACACUGUGUGGCUGAAACGGCAGAUCAUGAGACUGGAAGUAAAAGCCAAUCAGAAUGUGACUGAUACUAAAUUGAAGGCUCUCGUCUUAAAGCAGAUAGAGCAAACACUGAAUGAACAAGGCUGGGCAGAAGACGUCACCAUGACAUGGAUGAAGCAACACAAUGGACGAGUCUUCCAGAAGAUUAAUACAUUUGUACCCAAUAGUAGUAAUGGAAGCUCUUCUUGCUCUGACCACAACUUCUGAACCAAACUUCUUUUUUUUUUUUUUUUGGAUGAAAAUUUAUAUACAAUUUUGUAUCAUGGAAUACACUUCUGAAUUAAAUUAAAUUUAACAAUAAAACAAGUUACAAAUACUCAAUUUAAAAUGAGUUUGACACCUCUAAUCUGUUAUAAUUAAUUAUUAUAGUUUUUUCUCUUUCCUUCCCAUUUUUCUGCCUUUCCCAGCUCCUACCCCAAUGAUGCAUAUUAAGUGUGAUGCAUUCAUUAAUUUUAGAUUUCCAGUUCUAUAUAUUCCAUAUUUAAAUUAGUUUUAUAAAAGUAUAAAAUUAUUGUCAAAAAGGCUAUAUUUAAAAUAAUGCUUGCUUUUUUAAAGAGAAGGAGGGACGAGUCCAAAUUAUUUUUUAUAAUAAUCAAUAUUACAUAAAACCUUUACCACUGGUUUAAUGGCAGGUUCCAUUGUGACAACUUACCCCUUUAAUGUGUUAGCAAAAUGUCAAUGUGUGUUCAAUGAACGUGGGUAAUAAUGGUGAAAAUAUUGAUUUUUUUUAUUUUUUUUUUAUCCAAUACUUCAUAGUAUGUGGCUCCACAGAUGUAUGAUUUUAAAAUAUAAUCCUACCACCUACUGUUAGAAAAAUGUACUGGAGUAAAAAGUGUGACAACUAGGACAGAUCAAGCCAAGGAACAUUUAGAAUCUGUAGGUGUGUUUAAUAGACAAUGUUAAUUGGUGCUCUGGAGGUUGAUAUGUUAUUUAUUUUUUAUGCAAAAAACAAACAAAAAACAUGCUUUUAAUGUAAACAAAUGUCAAUGUAAAAAGAAAUUUUUUUUUAAUGUUGGUAAAACAGUAGCAAAAUUAUUACUAUGUGGUCUCUCUGUGGAAAUACAACUGUAUAGCACUGUAAUUUGAAAGUGACCUAAAUAAAAUAACUAGUACUUGUUUCAAUGAAGCUCUUAAUCCACAAGAACUAUGUAUGGGCGCUUGCUUUGAUGAUAUCACCACUCAUUGUCCUCAUGCCACACCAUAAAUCAUUUUCUAUGCCCCUGUUUAUGUACAUUAGUUGACAUAUUUCAAUUGUUAACAUGCGUAUUGGAGCAUUGUAGGAUAUCAAUUUUGCAUUUGUCUUCAUUAAUAGUAAACAACAAGUUAGCAUUUUUUGUUUGUGUCAGUUUUUCAAUAACGUCACAUUAUGCUUACAGUCAAACCUGCCCUGGUGUUACAAAGAGAAGACAUAAAAUAACCAUUUUGUUAACAAUAAUUUAUUUUAAACAUACAAAUGUAAUAAAGUAAUAAUGUCAAGAAAAUGAACAGUGAUAAACAGAAAUGAACAGCAGUGUACUGUGAAAAUUGGGGCUGAUUUAUAAAUUUAAUUUGACAAAAUUCCCAAAAACUGCUCUGUAUUAUAGCAUCACCAGUUCAUUUAUCUUUCAAACUGUUU